AUGGGACACUAUGUGUCAGCCCAAGUCCACUCUGGUGGGUUGAAUAUCCUGAAUUUCUUCUUGUGGAAUAAAGCUGCUAUCUGCAAAUUGCUAUGGGCUGUUGCAAAGAAAAAAGAGAGACUGUGGGUGCUAUGGAUUCAUGCUUAUUAUGUGAAAGGUGAUGAUUUUGGGCAGACUCCGACCCCCAAGCAGGCUAGCUGGGUGGUUAGGAAAAUAUUUGACGCAAGGAAGUGGUGGGCUGAUGGGGUGGAUUGGUUGGGACACUUAGACAAUGCUGUAUCAGCCGGAAAGUUUAGUAUCCAGACGAUAUACAAAUCACUCACACCUCAGUUCCCUAAAGUAUCUGGGAAGAAAUUGAUUCUGGCUCCAGGCAUGAUACCUAGACAUCAAUUUAUUCUAUGGUUAACUAUGCACAAGAGACUAUCUACAGUAGAUAGGAUCAGGAAGUGGGGGAUUCAUGCUGACCCUGAUUGUGUGUUAUGCUCCACUAAUGCUGAGGAAACGCAUGACCAUCUGUUCUUUGAAUGCCAAUAUUCCAAAUACAUCUGGCAGUCUCUCCUCACAUGGAUAGGCAUAGCUAGACAGGUUGGAUCAUGGUCUGGAGAAGUGCAAUGGCUUGUGGCAACCAUCCGACCCAGUAAACCAAAGACCCUGGUGCUAGGAACUUUGUUUGCUGCUACUGUAUACCACAUCUGGACCAAGAGGAACUAUAGAGGAUUUCAACAGAAGCAGCAAACCAAGCACAAAAUCCUCAAAGAGAUAGCCCUGCAACAACAUAUUGUGGGGAGAUGCAAGCCUAAAUGGUCCCAAGUAUUAGAUAGUUUAAAUUGUUUCCCAUGUUAG